GGUAUGGGUCAUAAACAGUUUGUUAGAGACGUUGGCUUGUUAGAAUCUGCUGGCCUAGGAGAGAGCAUAAUUAAGAAUCAUGCAUUUUUAGAUGGAAAUAAGAGAGCAGCAAUAGCUACGUUUUUGCUUUUAAAUGGUUAUGAUCUAGUUCUUGAUAAAGAUCUUUUAUGUACUAGAGUAUUGGAUUGCUAA